GGGUGUCCUCAGAGGUAACUACCUAAGUUUGCAUACUUCCUCACUGACAGAACACUCCUGCCAGUGCCUCCAGGCCAGGGUGGUGGUAUUGGUGGGAGGAGUAAGUAACCAAGUUUCACUUCCUUGCCUUGGAGACUCAGAGCCACAGCGGGCUGCUGUCUCACAGAGGGAGAGGGUGGCAGGAGCAGCCGAGUUGUCUCUCUCUGCCUCUGUGAAGGGCGCGAAUGGGCAGAGCAGAACUUCUAGAAGGGAAGAUGAGCACCCAGGAUCCCUCAGAUCUGUGGAGCAGAUCCGAUGGAGAAGCUGAGCUGCUGCAGGACUUGGGGUGGUAUCACGGCAACCUCACGCGCCAUGCUGCCGAAGCUCUUCUCCUCUCAAAUGGGUGUGACGGCAGCUACCUUCUGCGGGACAGCAAUGAGACCACUGGGCUGUACUCUCUCUCCGUUAGGGCCAAAGAUUCUGUUAAACACUUUCACGUUGAAUAUACUGGAUAUUCAUUUAAAUUUGGCUUUAAUGAAUUCUCAUCUUUGAAGGAUUUUGUCAAGCAUUUUGCAAAUCAGCCUUUGAUUGGAAGCGAGACAGGCACUCUGAUGGUUCUAAAACAUCCCUACCCAAGAAAAGUGGAAGAACCUUCCAUUUAUGAGUCUGUUCGGGUUCACACAGCAAUGCAGACAGGAAGAACAGAAAAUGACCUUGUGCCCACAGCACCUUCUCUGGGCACCAAAGAAGGUUACCUCACCAAACAGGGAGGCCUGGUCAAGACCUGGAAAACAAGAUGGUUUACUCUGCACAGGAAUGAACUGAAAUACUACAAAGACCAGAUGUCACCAGAACCAAUUCGGAUCCUAGACCUAACAGAAUGUUCAGCUGUACAAUUUGAUUAUUCACAAGAAAGAGUAAACUGUUUUUGUUUGGUAUUUCCAUUCAGGACAUUUUAUCUCUGUGCAAAGACCGGAGUAGAAGCUGAUGAGUGGAUCAAGAUAUUACGCUGGAAACUGUCACAAAUAAGAAAACAGCUCAACCGAGGGGAAGGUAUGAUCCGAUCUCGGUCGUUCAUCUUUGAAUAGAUCUUUCUUGCCAAAGACUGCUCUGGCCCAGGAGCAAGGUGGAAUGUUCCCUGAUGCUGUGAUGUGCAGCAGGCUUCAAAUGAAAACCAGCUAAGGAUUUUCCUUUAAAAACAAAUCAGAAGCAGUUGCUGAUUGGGACCCAUAUACCACGUUGCUGAUUCACGUUGCUGCCCCUCCAUGAUGUUGCCAUCUCCUUGAGAAUGCUGAAGCAAUCACCAUUCUGAUAGAAAGUGCUUAAACCACCACUCUUAGGUCUGCUCACUCGUAGAACACACAAUGGAGGAGGAAGGGUUUUUGUUUUCACUCAUUGUGGUCCCCAAGCCUAUUGACACUAGUUGCCUAGAGUCCCACUCUGAGUCAUGGUCAGCCUGUCUGACAUCCAGGUUGUGCUAUUAACCAGGAAGGAAACCGAUACUUAGAAGCUUAGAUGACUUCUGCAGGAUUUGUACUGAGACAGCAAACAUCAUAUAUUUUCAGGGAAGAGGUUUUUUUUUUUUAUUUUAUUUUAAUUUAAUUUUCCCUCUUUAUACAAAAAAAAAGAACAUUUCCAAAACUAAAAUGGAAAAUGCUUGUGGCAUUUAUUUUCUCUUUUUAAAAGGUUCAGAAAUUUGGUGAGUCCUUUGCUUCUAAUGAUAAAACUGUGAGAGCUAGAUGUCCUAUGGGCAAUUAAGUAGUGUAAUAAAGGUAAAUGAAGGUACAAUUUUUAAGGCAUUAUUUUCACCCUUUGGGGGUAAACGUUUUAAAGAGUGAGAAAGCAUAAAUUGAGGAAGGGUGAUAAAGCAGUAGGUAACUUUUAGUUUAAUAAUAGUUAUUGUCAUGAGGGUAAUCAUAAUAGACGCUUGUAAGCACUGAGCUAUCUUUAACCAUUUCUCCAAAUGGACCAAAAGACACUUCUCAAGGACAGUGUAUUUUAACAAUUCCUUUCCCAGAAUUAGUUGUAUAGGGUUGACCCAAGAGAUGUAAGAAAAAUCUUGCAUUGCUCCCUAAGCACCCCGGGCCUUACUAAAGAGCAACUUCUAUUUCCAGUUGGGGGAGUAACACUAAAGCUACAUGAAAUAUGUAAUAAUGAUAGGUAAUAAUAUGUUCCAAAGCUUUUUCAAACUAGAAUAAGGAGACAAACAGAAGAAUGAGAUACUGAUGUCCACAGUUCAUUGGUAGACUCUAACCCCUUCUGUUAUUUUUUUUUAAUACUAUUUUUGUUUAGAUAGAAGUUUCAAAGAAGAUAAAAACGCUUGAAGAGCCUGAGAGUAAAAAGAUUAUGAUGCAAAGUUAUCAUAUAAACUGCUCUUGCAGUCCAAAGGGAUACCUGGUUAAAGAAGUUUCUUAUUUAAACAUCUAAGACUCAGAAAUUACAUUAAAUUUUUGUAUAUUUCAACACCGUUUUAAAUGUAUUUUGUUAUGUUUGUAUUAUAUGGGAUAAAGCAAAUGUUGAGUUAAAAUGCAUUGUGUCAUUUGUAAAGUAAGAAGUUACUGGCCGGGCGUGGCGGCUCAAGCCUGUAAUCCCAGCACUUUGUGAGGCCAAGACAGGCAGACCACUUGAGGUCAGGAGUUCGAGACCAGUCUGGCCAACAUGAUGAAACCUUGUAUUUACUAAAAAUACAAAAAUUAGCUGGGCACGGUGGCAGGUGCCUGUAAUCCCAGAUACUCAGGAGGCUGAGGCAGGAGAAUUGCUUGAACCCAGGAGGUGGAGGUUGCAGUGAACCAAUAUCGUGGCACUGCACUCCAGCCUGGGUGACAAAGUGAGACUCCGUCUCAAAAACAACAACAACAACAAACAAACCAGAAGUUACAAAUGAAUCCUCAAGGAUGUGUAUGGUUCUAUGUUUGUUUUCUUAGAAACAAAUGUGUUUCUUUGUGUGUAAUACUGUGUUUUACUAUGUUUACCUUUUAUAAAACAUAACCUGUUUAUUUAUAUUCUUUGACUCUGUUUAUUAAAAAGAGCAUGAUUUUGCUGUGUAUGUACUAUUUUGCUAUUAAAUAUAUUUUAAUAUUUGUAACUUGAAA